UACCCACACAUCAAGACUUACUUGACGAUGCAAACCUGUGGAAUAUCCUUAGAAGACAUUCAACCUAAAGGUCACCAGUCUGUCAAAGAUGGUGAAGCUGUAAAUAAUGCUUCAGAUUUGUCAGAGCCUCCUCUAGAAACACGGCAAACAGAAAGUCAUCUUGAAUCUGACAUUUCUACCAAAAGUUUGAUGGAAAUUGACGCAGUACCUUCUGGACCUGUCAAUGGUUGCCAGGUACAGAAGCUUCCAGUAGCCUGUGAGGGGGAAUUCACAAGUAAACAACUGAAAGUCAGCGAAACAGACGAAGUGAGUUUAAUUAAAUUGAAAGCUACAGAGAGUUCUGUUGUAGAGUGGCUGAAGAACUAUGAUGAAGGGGCUAAUUUGAAUGAUAUUUUGGAGCACUUCAAUGGAUCCAAUGAAGAUUCCAUUGUUGAACUGCUAAGUUGCCUUGAGUGUGACUUUUUGAUAUAUAAGAAAGGUAACAUGUACCGGGCUAUGUAAAGAAUUUGAUCCAUAGGGUUUGUAGUAACCAUGCUUGUAGAAAAGUGGUGUUUUUCGAAUGGUCUUUUGCAUUG